AUGGCAUCGACCCAAGAAGAAUCAACAGAUAAGUCUUCUAAUGUGUUUGGUAAUGCAUUGCAAUCAUGGAUAGAAAUAGAUUUACCUUCAUUACAAAAGAAAUUGGAUGAACAAGGUAUUGAAUUAAAAGAAGAACAGAAAUCAUCUUUAUUAAGUAGAAAGAAUUUAGCAUCAAAGACCAAAGAAUUCAAGAAACUAGAAGAUUCUGAAAAGCUUACUCAAUUCCAAAAGUUAUUAAAAUUGUAUCAAAAUGAAAUUGAUAAUUUAACUAAUAAGAACAAAACUGUCGAGAAUUAUUUCUUUGGAAUAUAUCGUAAUUUGGCAGAAGCUCCUGAUCCAAGACCAUUGCUUGAAAUGUCAUUGGAUUCAGUUAUAGAAUCAAAGGAAACAUUAUCAUUACGUAAAGAAGUUGAUAAAUUAACUGAUGAAUUGGCCAAGAAGGCAGAUUAUGAUAAUUUGAAACAAAGAUUACUACAAAAUGAACAAAAAGCAGCAGAAUUAUUAAGUUCUAAAUUAAAUGCAAAAGAAGAUGAAUUUAAAUCGUUAAUUGAUGAAAAGGAAUCAAAUUGGAUUCAAAAGGAAAAACAGUUACAGAAUCAAAUUAAAAUCGCUCAAAAGCAAAUUGAAGAAUUAAGAACUUCAAAUGAGGUUACAGAAUUGAAAUUGGAUAAUCAAAAUAAACUAGCUGGAGAUAAUGGUGCUAAUACUAGUGCUUCAGUGUUAGCUGAAUUGGAUAUUGUUACUAGAGAUGCUGAAUCAUCUAAAAAAAGAGUGUUUGAAUUGGAAAAGAGAAAUGAAGAAUUAAGACGUGAAUUAUCAAAAUCAAAAAAUGAUAUUGAAAUCAAAUCUAUCAAAGAAGAACAUUCCAAGAGAGUAUCAGAAAUGGAGGGAGAAAAUGCAUUAUUAGUUGCUAAUUUGGAUCAAACAAGAAAGAAGUUGAAUGAUUCAAUCAAAGAACAAGCAACUAAAGUUGAUUCAUUGAAUAGAGAAAUUUCUGGUAUGACUCAAGAAAUUAAAAACUUGAAAACUCAUUUAGAAAAAACUUCAGAUUAUGAAGAAAUCAAAAAUGAAUUACAGUUGUUGAGACAAAUUGAAUUUGGUCAUGAAGAAGACGAAGUUGACCAAGAAGGCGAUUCUGACGACUCAAAUAGCCAGGGUCAUCAAAAUAAGAUUGAUUCCAUGCUCAUAGAAAGAAACAAAUCGUUAACUCAACAAUUGGCUGAACAUAGAGCUCAACAUGAUGAUUUGAAUAACAAAGUUGUCACUUUAGAACAACAAUUGGAAGUGUCGUCACAGGAAAUAACCAACCUCCGAACAUUAAAUGAAAAAUUGGAAAAUGAUUUGGCUGAUCUUCAAGAUAUGGGUGGAAAAUUCAAUGAUAAUGCUAGUUUAAUAUCAGGAAUUAGUCGAAUGACUAGACCAAAUGUCAGAAAUGGAAGUAUUGUUUCUGGUCAACCAGGCAAUACAGGAUUAGGAAUUAUUUCUGAAGAUUCGUCAUCCAUUUUACCUAUAAUUACCAAACAAAGAGACAGAUUCAGAGAAAAGAAUAAUGAAUUAGAAGAAGAACUUAGGAAACAGUAUAAUUUGGUUAAUGAUUUGAAAAGACAAACCAAUUCAUUGAAAAAAGACAACGAAGAGUUGUAUGAAAGAACAAGAUACUUGGCAUCGUUCCAAACUCCAGGUACAAGAAACUUGACCACUACAUCGAGUGGUAGAAAAUUAUUGAAUCCAAGACCAAAUGUUGAUUUGGAAAGUAAUCCAUACCAAAAGAGUUAUGAAUCCAAGUUGCAUCCUAUUGAACAGUUUAGAAUGAGAGAACAGGAAAGAAUCAAUUCAAGAUUGUCACCAAUAGAAAGAUUAUUCAUUUCUUUGACGAGAGCAGUGCUAGCAACAAGAACAACAAGAAUGUUAUUUUUUGCAUAUUGUUUAGGGUUGCAUGUUAUAGUGAUGUUUAUCACCAUUUAUGCUAUGAAUUUACAAACUGCAUUGAUACCUGAAGUUGGAUUGAAUACCAGUACUGGAGGUGUUGCCUCGAAUCAAGUUUCUGGAGGUGUAAACCAAGCAGCAGGACAAGUUAUCAGUCCACCUAAUUAG